AUUUAAGAAACGGUCACACUUGAAAAAAUACAAGCUGAAAAAAUUGUAAACAAUUUUUGUAUAAAGCUAUAAAAAUGGUCAAAAACGAGCCGAACUUUGUGGUAGAGCGCAUUAUAGACAAACGGAUAACCAGCACCGGCAAAGUGGAGUACUACAUCAAGUGGCGCGGCUAUACAUCGGCGGAUAACACUUGGGAGCCGGAAGAAAACUGCGACUGCCCCAAUUUGAUCCAAAAAUUUGAGGAGUCGCGAGCCAAAUCGAAAAAACGCGGCGAGAAAAAGCCGAAGUGUGAGGAAAUUCAAAAGCUGCGGGGCUACGACCGCGGACUGGAGCUGGCCGAGAUCGUAGGCGCCACGGAUGUUACGGGGGACAUCAAAUACCUGGUGCGCUGGCAGUACUGCGAUGAGUUUGAUUUGGUGCCCAGCAGCCAGUUGUCGGAAAAGGAUCCUCAGAUGCUGAUUGCCUACUUCCAGAAGAUGGCUCCGUACAGCAGACACAUUGCGAAGCGGAUGAAGGGUGUGCCAGAAGAGCUGCGAUUAGCUGUCUCCACCACCAGCUAUCCGCAAACCAGCGCAGCUCCCGUCGAACUUCAUCCGGAGGUGGAUCAGUCAGCCGAUUUGGUCGGGCAACUGGGGGGAAUACCGCAAGUUGAACAGGUGCAACAGCACCAUACGCACAUGGAUCUUGCCGAUGAUCCCGACGAUCUGGCCAGCGUUUCCUACUCGAUUCCAGUGCCCGGUGUCGGUGACAUUGGCAUCGAUGUGCCCAUGACCGAGAAUCAAUAAGGACGCAAGCAAAUUCUUUUGCUCAUCGUUUAAUAUUAUAUCUUAAGUUAACUCUUAUAUAAAACUAGCUUGGCUCGUCCAGAUUUAUGUAACCCAGCUGUCCAGAGCGAAAGAAGUGAAUAAACUUCCGUGCGGCAGCCAAUAAAUUUGUCAUAACCUCUA